AUGCUGGUCUCCUUGACUGUUGGCAAGGUAGAUGCGGGCGUCGCAGUCCUCUUAACCCAGGACAACCGCCUUAUCGAAUUUCCCUCUGUCCUGCUUCCGAACGGCAUCUCCUCCGGCAGCAUUGUUGACAUCACCGUUGCGCGCAAUCAUGCAGCCGAGACAGCCAACGCAUCCGCCUUCCAGUCUCUCCAGAAACGCAUCCUGAACACCUACGGUGUCAAGGCGCCCUCGCCCCCUAUCCUGCGCCUGCGUAACGCCACUCAGACUUCCCUUGUACUCGAAUGGGAUCCGAUCGACCUCGCGACCGCGUCCCUGAAAUCGCUUUCCCUCUAUCGCAAUGGCUCCAAGGCAGGCUCGAUACCCCGCCCCCUCGAGACGCGCAGCACCAAGAUCAGCGGCCUGGCUGUUCACCACGAGUAUACCUUCCAUCUAGUCCUACGCACAACCGCCGGCACCUACCAGUCCGAGAAGCUCACGUGCCGGACGCACAAGAUGACCGACCUGUCCGGCAUCACUGUGACCUCUGGUGUCCUCGACCCGCAACGUAAGGAGGCCCUUGGGCAUGUACUGGAUCGCAUUGGGGGCAAGAUGAUUGACUCCGUUCGCAUUGACACCACCCACUUUGUCUGUGCGGAGGGCAGGGGUCCGCUCUGGGAGAAGGCUGUGGAGAUGAACAUCCCGGUUGUCGUGCCGGAAUGGGUGGAUGCGUGCGAGUCUGAGGGAACGAUCGUCGGUGUACGUGAUUACUACCUCAAUGCAGACCCCAAGGCACGCAAGCUCGGUGUAAUCCACGGCUCUUCUCACCAACGGACCACCUCGACCAUGUCGACAUCUACGACUGCCAACCAGGGCCGGCCCGGCUCCCAGCCCCCAAUUAAUGAGGAGGAUCCAGCCGCAGCUGAACCGCCACUCACGCCGUUCCCGGGGGGUGAGACAAGCAGCCAGCCGCAAGCACUAGCCGAGGAAGUCGAAUCCGAAGUCGAGGAUGAUGCGCCUCCUCCUCCGCCUCCGAAGGACGAGUCCGAUAGUGCAGACGAACCGGUUCAGCUGAAUGGCAAUGCAGUAGCGGUACCGGGAUCAGAUGAGAAUGCCGAGGCGCUGCCUGAGGGAGACAACGAGGAUGCCAGCAAAGAGAGCACACUCCCACAGAACAUGCCCGAGGGAGACUCCGAGCACACAAGUAAUGACGAAAUCACCAAGGGCAAGGGCAAAGAAAGCGAGAGCGACUUCAAUGAAGUGCCACUCUAG